AUGCUUAUGGAGUCACAGCUGGGGAGAGCGUACAGCGUGAUUCAGUCUGUUAAAGUCGUCGUAGCUGGAGGAUACGACCCGCUCAACACGGAAAACCAAGAGCAUCUCAUUGAGCUGCAAGAUGCGGUGGCCAAGCUCAAUCUAGAGGAACACGUGGAAUUCCUGACGUCGAUCUCGAAGUCGAUGAAGCUCGAGCUGCUACGCAAAGCUCACGCCAUCCUGUACACACCCGACCGCAAGCACUUUGGCAUCGUCCCCAUCGAGGCUAUGGCAUGCGGUACCCCCGUCAUUGCAGUAUGCUCCGGUGGUCCAUUGGAGUCCAUAGUCGACGGUGAAACAGGAUUCUUGUGCGAGCAGAAGCCGGAGGCGUUUGCCGAGGCCAUGGCAGGCCUUUGCGGACCCCAACACAAUUCUCGAGUCAUUGAGAUGGGCGUUCGCGGUAUACGACGUGCUCAGAAGUUUUUCUCGCUCGAAACCUUUGGUGACACUCUGUUUGAGCUGGUGAGUGAGGCUGUGUAUGGUGAGAAGGCGGCGUAA